AUGUCCACCCAACAACAGCAAAACCCUGGCACGUUGAAGGAGAUAUUGGCAACCACUCCAUUAUUUCACCUUAUUCCGAAGCAAAACUUGAGUCCGUUGAUUAAUUUGCCUCUGUUUGUCCCAAAAUCAGAUGAAGCUGCUUUAAACAAGCAUAUAAUUCAUAGUAUAGAGUCGUUUGAAACAGAAAAAUCCAAAAUAUUUGAAAGGGAAUGCCAACAGGAGUUGUUGGAUUUUACUGAUCCUGAGUUAGAUUCAAUCAAGUUUAAAUUAUUCUUAUCACACACCAAAGAAAACGCGCUCCCAUGCGAAUAUUCCAACUUUGAUGCCCAGAUUUUGAGAAAUGAGUCUAUUGAUGACAGUAAAAUAGUAGCUAAAACCGGUGAUGAUCUUGUGAAAACAGGAAGAUUGUCCAUACGGAAAAGAACACCAGUUGGUGAUGAAACUUAUGUCCCCAAGCACAAUCAAAAAUACUUUAGAAAAUUUGAUAAAGAGUACCUGCGACUAAAUCUGAUUCAAGAGAAGGCCAGUGCUGGAGCUUCCGAUGAUGACAUGACUCCGAUUGUUAGUAUUCCACUAAGGCCCAAAGAAAAUCUAAAGCUACAUUCUGGAAAAUUCGAUCAGUUUCUUUGUGGUGAGAAAAAGCAAUUCACAUGGGAAGAUAUGGUUGUUAUAUGUGAAGCAUUGAACAAGAUUGAUACGUUUCAGGACGGGGACGCGGAAGACUUGAUUAAUGUGCUAGAGAUUUGUUUUGGAACUUUGUCCGAGGUAGUUAGUCUGUUGCUACAUCCAAAGAUUCUGGGUUUCAAUGAUCUUAAGUCAAUUCUACCAGACUUGUUAUGUGGAACGUUUGCAUCAAAAGCUUCGCUCAUUAUCAUCAAGUACAAGAUUACAAAAGGAAUCAAAAUGGCAUUUGGCAAGUAUACACUCGUUAUUACUCAAAUUCUUGAACGUGUAUUUGAAAGUUUCCUCCUUCCCCUCAAAAUGUUUAUCUCAGAGGAUGCAAAUGACAAUGAUCAAAAGUUAUUUUAUAUGCUAAUCACAGAAACGAGUGAUAGGAUAAAGCAAUUUGCGUCAUUGAGCAAUUCAUCUUCAUUUGAAGAGCAAACCUUGAUCAGAUUGGAGAUGAUGUGCAUCAAUUUAAUAUUCAGCAGCAAAAUAAAUGAAGCCGAAAAUUUGCAAUUGCACAUACCCAUUGAUUCCCUUCAGACAUCUGCCGCAUUAUGCUUAGUCGCGAUUUACAAAAACUCUACCGAUCAAAGAUCCUUUUUGCUUCACGAAGUACUUGCGGGAUUCUCUUCAAUGAAUACUAAGAAAGGGGUGGCAAAAAACUUCAAGACAAAACGUGGUUUCGAUAUUCAUUUAUUCACCAUGGUAUUAAAUAACUUUUCCUACAAUUUCAUCGAAAGCGAGGGUUACUCAUCAGAUUUUAUGGAUUACAUUUCCCGAGGGUUGAUUGAGAAAGUUCAAAGAAAUCCAGCAGAUUUGCGACCAAAACUUACAUCUUUUAUUGCUGAUUUGAUUCAAUUAAUGUAUCUACCUGAAUGGCCAACAGCCGAUCUAUUUUUGACAUCUAUAGCAUUGAACUUGAUUCAAGUUUUGGCUUCACAAGACGAGCAAGUCUCUGGUGAGACCCAGUUUUGGGAUAUUUUGCAAGAUUUGGCUGAGAAAAUUCUUGGGAUUCCCAAUGAUGCAGUUCCCAUGGGAGAAAAGGAGAUGAUGUUGGUUUUGGGAAACUGUCACGAAUUCGGAAUGACUGAUGCGUUGCCAUGCUUGAAAACAAAACUACAAAAUCUCACCGGUUUCACUCUUGAAUAUGAACCAGUCAAGAACUCUGACUCCACUAUCCCUAGUUACAAAAGUCUCAUCUUGAGUCAUUUCAGUAACUUUUUCACUACAAAGUACCUCAACUUCCUUGAAAUGCAGAUAGGAAGCUCGAGGGCUAAGUCAAGAGCUAAAGCGAUCAAAGGGUUGCUUGUAUUUGUUUCGAAAUCUCCUCAGUCGCUUUUAUCCGCUCAGCUACAAAAGCAACUAUCUUCCAUGUUGCAGGACCCGGCUGCGCUGGUUAGAGAUGCUAUGCAUGGGUUCCUCAAUGAACAUAUUAAAAAGAACCCCAACGAAGCACAAAAGUUGAUUCAUCCAAUGUAUAUAGCAAUGGAUGAUUCCAGUGUUUCUGUCAGAAAAAGGAGUAUUCAAUCUUGUAUGGCAGUUUUCCCAUUCGUCAGUGAUGCAGCUAAACUACGAAUCAGUGAAAAGAUACUCGAGAAAAUAUACGAUGAAGAGGAUAGUGUACGUAAUGAGGCCGUUUCAGCAUUAAAGAGUUGUUUUCUUUCUCAACCUCCCAGAUUGCACUUGCUAAAUCCUGGAGCUGUGAAUAUCAUUCGAAUCGCGAAAAGCAAAGGUACGAAACUGUUGAUGGCAUUUUUCAAAGAUUACGUAUUUCCCGACCCCAAAACUGCUAGUUUUGUUGAUGCGCUAGUCUUGUCCUCUAUUGAACUUGUGGGAACCGGGGAUGACGUUGAAGGAGGCAUGCUCUUACUAUCGCUACUUUCCCAGUUGAAUGACAAUCUCAUAACACAGGAUAUAUUGGUGGAGUUAAAGAGUUUUUACGUUGACGAAGCUAAUAUCAACACCAGUGCUUACGCCUAUGCGCUCGAGAUUCUAGAAACAGCAACUUCUCAUCUCAAUGGUAUUCGUCCUGAAUUUUCCCUUGAAAUUCAAUCCUUUUUGCUUUCCAAAAUCAUUAAUUUCCAUCAAAGAGACAUGUUGACGGCCACUUCAGCAUUAUGGAAUUUGAGCAGACUAAGUUCUACUGAGGGCAAAAUUGCCAAUGCUGUUGUGGGAACCUUGAAAUGGGUGCGAAAACUGUACAACGAGAAAAACUACAGGCAACUUCCAAAGCUAGUGCAAUUAUUGGGAUGUUUCGGUAGGCUCAUAAAUCUUCAAUUAUUUCACAAUGUUUUUGUCAAAGAAGGAUUUAUGUCUGAGCGAGAUAGUGUUAUGAACAUUCUUUUCAAGCAUAUCUUGACUUUUACAAGGCCAGAAUUCCCUACAACUCUUCGGAAAUACGCCCUUUCGAAUUUAGUUUUGGCUUGCUCGAGCCAGCCGAGAUUGAUCACCCAUACUGCAGUGACAAGUCGUAUAUUGGAGGCAAUAAAAACAGAACCUCCGAAUGUGAAGUGUGCCAUUAUUCAAAACCUUAAUAUCUAUCUAGAUGAUCACGGAACUGUUGAUAGCACUCCUAUUCGGAAGGACAAACUUCAGUCGAUCCAAGGGGUUGUGGAUUUGCUGCAAAAUGCAUGCAAGGUUUUGGUUGAAAGCUAUUUCGAGAGAAUCACCACAUUGUGUACGUCAAAUGACCUUCCAUUGGUGCUUGAAUCGUUUUUGUUUGUCCGUAAGUCGUUGGAAAUGGGAUUUGCAAAUCCAAUCAAAGGAAUUGCUACUGUGGUUGCUUUACAAGGCUCGCCAACAUUGACUCUUCAAAAAGCUGCAUAUGAUUUGCAUAUAUAUUUGUUUGAUAAAUACAAACCAGUGGUGGACUCCCAAUUUUCCGAUGGUAUUAGGUUAGCAUUUUCUACGGGCCAAAUCGCCAGAAAUAUGUUUAUCCUACUUUACGAUGUUGCCCUGGACUCAAGAACGUCGAGAAAUAAGUUUAUCAAGUCAAUAUCAAGGUUUUUCGUUAUUAAACCAAAGAGUAAUCAUUUAACUGAAGAUUUAAAUUUUUUACUUUUUGUUAUUGAGAGGUUGUCCCUAAUCAAAUAUAGAACUAUUGAGGAGGUAUACAUCAUUUUGGGCCAGCUACAACAGGUUUUACAAAAUUAUGCACCCGAUUACAUCCAUGACCUUCGUGAAACGCAAAUUGACGAUGAAAAUACUAGUAAUUUGGCUUAUCUAAUCUACCUGAUUCUUGAUUUUUAUUAUUACCUUUCUGCAAAGUACAACAUCACCAAUGAAAAUAUAGAAAAUUUCGGGUCUCGGUGUUUGGACAUUGAUUUUCUUCAAACACCGACGAUUGCCAGUUCGCCGAUUCUACAUGUGGGUUGGGUAUUUGCUAAUAUGCGAAAUCCUGACUCGUUAAAGUUUGUUGUCAAGGAGAUUCAAAACUCUGUAUUUGUGCAAGGUGAAUAA